AUGGCUGGUCGAGGAUCUGCGAGUCGUUUAGUUGAGAAUGAGACAGCCAUUGCCUACGUGCAAAUGGAUGGUUUGGCGAUGAUGAAAAUUAUUAAACAUUGUCAUGAAGAGAGUGCAGGUAACAUGAAAAUGGCCCAAGGUGCGCUUCUUGGGCUAGUUGUCAAGAACCGCCUGGAAAUCACAAACUGCUUUGCCUUCCCUAAGAACAGUGAUGAUUCCAUGGAUGAAGAGGAAUAUCAGCUGACCAUGAUGAGGAGGUUACGGAGAGUGAAUGUAGAUCAUUUCCAUGUUGGAUGGUACCAGAGCUCAGAUGUUGGGAACUUUUUGAGCUUAUCAUUGCUCGAGAGCCAGUUCCAUUAUCAGACCUCAAUUGAAGAAUCUGUCGUUGUCAUCUAUGAUACUGCCAAAACUGCUCGUGGAUUUUUGACAUGUAAGGCAUAUCGUCUAACUCCUCAGGCUAUCAAUAUGUACAAAGAGGGAGAGUUCACUCCAGAGGCUCUUCGUACUCUGAAAGUUGGCUUUGAGUCAUUAUUUGUUGAAGUGCCUGUUGUAGUAAAGAAUUCUUUACUCACAAACAUCAUGCUUACUGAAAUUGACGAGAUGGUCCCUGAAGAUGAAGGAACUAAGUUUUUGGAUCUCGGGACAGCGUCUGUGCUUGAAGGACAGCUCCGGAGUAUGAUGGACAGAGUUGAUGAGCUUAACCAGGAAGCCAUCAAAUUCAACAGAUUCCAGGUCCAGGUUAUUCGUCAACAGCAAGAGAAGCAUCGUUUUACAUUGAAGAGGGCUCAAGAAAAUGCUGCCCGGUCAGCCAAGGGAGAGCCUCCUUUGCCAGAAGAGGACCUCACCAAACUUUUCAGACCAAUUCCUGUGCCACCCCGUCUCAACCCCAUGAUCAUCGCUGGACAGAUCAACACCUACAGCCAGCACAUUUCUCAGUUCUGCUCGCAAUCUCUUGCAAAGUUAUAUAUUACUCAAUCCCUUCAGCAAGCAAAAGAAGCAUCAAACAAUUAGCUGAUUGUAACAUUCAUUGCGUCCAUGACGCCCCUAUUUUUGAGCUUGUGGAGGCAAGCUCUUUUCCUUUUUUACUGGAUCGUAACCUUUGGGUAUGCAUCAGAUAAUUCCUCUUUUAUUAAAAGUUCUGAAAGUGUACCAAUGCAUUUUUUUGGAAAGAGGGAGUUCACUAUUUUGAAGCAAAGCUUUUUUUGAAUGAUGAUAAUUGCAGGUGUAUUCAUGUCUCUGGUCUCCAUCAUGUUCAUAUGAAUUCAUUAUACAUCAGAUUGCAACUUGUGUGACUGUUGAAAUUUCUUUACAGUUUUGUUUGGCAUUAAAGGUAAUAUAAAGCAAG